ACACAAGCCCAGCCACUCUGAGGAGGAUCCUAACUGAACCAGGAAAACCAUGACGUGCUGUGAGGGGUGGACAUCCUGCAAUGGCUUCAGCCUGCUCAUUCUGGUCCUGCUAGGAGUGGUUAUCAAUUGUAUCCCCCUGGGCAUCAGCUUAGUGGAGGCAGACUCGGUUUCUCAAAACCCCAUCUCCUGCUACGAAUGGUGGUUCCCGGGGAUUAUAGGAGCAGGCGUGAUGGCCAUCCCGGCAACAGCGAUGUCCCUGGCAGCAAGAAAAAGAGCGUGCUGUAAUAACAAGACCGGGAUGUUUCUUUCAUCACUCUUGAGUGUGAUCACAGUCAUUGGUGCCGUGUAUUGCAUGUUGGUAUCGAUCCGGGCUCUCUUGGAAGGACCUCUAGUUUGUAACACUCAGGUCAACAGUACUGUCACAUGUGAAUUUUCAUUGAAAAACCUAAGUAACUUUCGUCCUGAAUCCUUCAACCUGCUGUGGUUCUUCAAUGACACUUGUGUCCCUCCUACUGAUUUUAAAAACCCCACCAUCAACAACAUGGUCAGUAACUUGAAAAUACCCAACUCCAACUCUGAAGAGGACAGACACAGGAUUUUCCACUUCUCAGUGUUUAUGAGUCUCCUGCUUGUUGGAAUCCUCGAGCUCCUGUUUGGGCUUAGUCAGAUACUCAUUGGUUUCCUUGGCUGUCUGUGUGGCGUCUCUCAGCGACGGAGACAAAUCGUGUAAAGGGUAAUAAACUAGAAUGUUGGUACUUUGAAUAAUUUGAAAAUUGCAUUGUAAUCUCAACAAUGAAGCAUCUUCUAGAACACGGAGACAUUUUAGUGCAAACAGAUUUUUAGAAUCAUCUCUGAAGCAACUUUCAAAAAACCAAAAACCAACCUAUCAAGCUGGGCAGGGCUGGUGCACGCCUUUGACCCCAGCACUCAGAAGCAGAGGCUGCUGGAUCUAGAAUCUGAGGCUUGUCUAGUUUACAGAGCAAAUCCCAAGACAGCCAGCACCACACAGCGAAACAAAAGCAGAGGAAUGGCAAAUCAAACUCUCACAUAAAGCACAUUGUAUGUGCAGAGAACCUCCACUCUGGAAACAGUCAUCAGUGGUUGGUACUGGGGAGAAGUGUAGAGAAGCCUUUUUUUGCCCUGUCUAUGCUGAAAAGACAUUUGUUUGACCUGAUGGUUAUAGAAGUAUGUGUCUUAGCUUUAAGAAAUGUAUAUUACAUAUUUAGGGAGGAAGACCAUGGUUUAAAAAUACUCAUCCCAAAGUGACAGGAAAAUGCUGCAUUUAACUGAGAGGCACACAGCAGGAAGUCCUACUCUACUUCCUUACGUUUGUAUCUGUUCACGAUGUAUGGUUAUACCUUGGCGGGGGUGGGGUGGGGUGGUGGGUGGAAUCAGCCUUUUAAAAGCUUUUUUAUUUUUUUUAAUUUAUUUAUGCUGGUCUUUGAAAGACAGGUAACAAAAUGUAUUUAUCGUAUUAAAAUGUUAUGAAGUAGAAAAACCUAAAAAUCUACAAUUGAUUUCAAUCUCAAUUUUACAGGGCGUAUGAUUAGAAAGUGGGCUAGAGAUGGCUCGUUGCGUCAGCACUUGCUGCUCCUGCCGAGAGCGUGCCUUUGGUUCCCAGCACCCACACAGGCACCUCACGGCGACCUGUACCUCCAGCUUCCAGGGAGUCAGGGCCUUCUUCUGGACCGCAGGGCAACUGUGCACACACAAGUACAAAUAAGCCAACCUUAGAAAGUGGUUUCUGAAGUGAGCUGGACAGACAGAUUGGCACUUAGGAGCACUUGCUGCUCUUGCAGAGUUCCCGGCAUGUCCACGGUGGCUUGCAAUUGUCUGCAACCCAAAUUCCAGGGGACCCAGUACACUAUUCUGGCCUCUUUGGGCACCAGGCUCACAUGCACUCACUUAAACGGCAGGCCAAACAGUCAAAUACAUAAAAUAAAAAUAAAUCUUUAAAACAAAA